AAAAAAAGAGAAAAGAAAAGACUAUCAUCAAGUAUUAACCAUUUUUCACACUGUCUAACCUCAAAAAGAAAAAGGAAAAAAAGGUGAACCAAACAUGGUCUUUUGUGUUUGUGAGAUUGUGUGAGGUUUUAAAAAAAUAAAUAAAUCUGAGAGCAAAAGCAAACUCCCACUACUCCUUAUUGAAACUUGAAGCCUGAAACCCCAUUUCUCAAAAACGCCGUCGUCUGAAUCUUGUCUCUGAUAUCAUAUGGAAAUGGUAAUGACAAUCGACGUUGAUGAAGACCCAAAAAUGGACGGCUCUGAUGUCCCCAGAAAGACCCAGAAGCGAAAGAGAGUGUGUCCAGAGACUCUGAAACCAGAAGAAAAAGCGGCUCAAAUGGAGGAUCUAAGGUUGGAGCUUGAUGGCUUGCUUAAGUACUACAAGGAAAUGAAGGAGAAGAAGGUUUUUUUCGAUGUGGGAAUGUGUAGUAGUAGUUCCAGCACUGUGGCGGUGUUGAUGGAAGAGUCUGAGCUUCCUUUGUCGAAGCUUGUGGAGGAGAUUCAUCAAAAGUUGAAAGAUGGAAUGAGUGCGGCGAAUGUGAAGAAUAGUGUGUUAAAGGUUGGGCAGAGAGUGAUGUAUGGAGUGCCUAAUGUGGAGGCUGAUGUGCUUGAGGAUCAGUCUCAGACUUGUCUUUGGUGUUGGGAGACAAGGGAUAUGAAGUUGAUUCCAAAAGCAAUACGUGCAGAAUUGAAUCUUCGCCGCACUUGUCGAAAAAAGAUCCAUGAGAGGAUUACUGCUGUUUCUGCAAUGAUGACAACAUUACAAAAGUCAGAAAGCAAUAAGAGUUACAAACACGACCUGGCAAAGGCAGUUGAAAAGCUUGGUAAAGUGCAUAAGGAAGCAGAUAUUCGUUCAUAUAUGGAUAAGCUGUUACAGAAAAAUGGGGCAGACAUGGCUGAAAAGGAAGCAAAGCGAGAAGGCAAAAUGCGAAUUAAAGACAUGGAGAGAAAUAAUAGAGAUGUUGAAAAAGAGAAGAAAAGAAUGGAACGUGAACUUCAAAAGGAAAAAUUACAAAAUGAAAAGGAGGCUGAAAAAGACGAAAAGCGCCGUGAAAAGGAAGAGUCUGAAAUGAGGAAACAGUUACGGAAGCAGCAAGAGGAAGCUGAGAGGGAUCAGCGGCGUCGAGAAAAGGAAGAAGCUGAAUUGAAAAAGCAACUUUCUAUACAAAAGCAGGCUUCAAUCAUGGAACGUUUUCUUAAAAAAAGCAAAACUAGCCCUAUGUGUAACAAUGGCCAAUCUUCAACUAAAAUAGCUACAUGUGAUUCAACAAGUAAAAAGAGUGAAAAAAUGCCUGAUGCAGUUACUGUGUCAAUGGACUGUGCUCUUUCAACAAAUGAUGAGAUUGGUGUAGACGAUGUUUGGAAGGUACACUUGUCUUCCUGGCAUUGCUUAGGUCACUCUAUACGUUCAAACAGAAAACAACAUUGGGGAAUACGUCAGAAGCCUAAGACUGAACUAUUUAAGGAACUUAAGCUCUCAGCUAAUAGAGUGGUGGCUCGUGAUGAUGACUUGAACAUAGAUAAGCUUGCAGAUGGAUGGGGAGAACAGAUUUCUGAUGAUAGAUUUUCCCAAGCUACAGAUAGUUCUCUCCCUGAUGUCAAGAAGUUUAACCAGAAGAAGCAGUUGUUGCAGUUUGCUAAGAGCCAUAGACCUGCAUUUUAUGGUAUUUGGCAUAAAAAAAGUCAUGUUGUUGGCCCGCGCCAUCCUUUUAAGAAGGACCCAGAUGUGGAGUAUGACAUUGAUAGUGACGAUGAAUGGGAGGAGGAGGAUCCUGGAGAAAGUCUUUCAGAUUGUGAUAAAGAUGAAGAGGAGGAAACUUUAGAGGAAGGAUGUUCAAGAGUUGAUGAUGAAGAGGAAAGUGAAGAUGGCUUUUUUGUACCUGAUGGUUAUCUCUCGGAAAAUGAGGGAGUACAAGUUGACAGAAUGGAAACUGAUGUCGUAGUUGAGGAGGCAAGAAGCUCUCCUAGUUGUAAGGAAGACUCAAAGAGUGGGGAGUUCUGCACAUUGCUUCGACAGCAAAAAUAUCUAAACAAUUUGACAGAGCAAGCUCUUCGGAGAAACCAGCCCUUGAUUGUAUUAAAUUUGAUGCAUGAGAAGUCUGCUCUCUUAAUGGCAGAAGAUCUUAUUGGUCCUCCUAAACUGGAGCAGAUGUGUUUGCAAGCUCUGAGUAUGUGUAUUUUCCCUGAUAGUGUAGAGAUAUCAAUUGAAAACAUGGAAGAUGAGGAUCAAGAAGCUUGCCUAUCAAGUGGCAAGAGCAGUACCACACUGGUCUCAACUGUGAAUAACAUUCCAGACACAGACUUGCCUACAGUUGUGUCUGCAAUUCAGUCAUCCCCACAGGGUAUCAAUAAGGUUAUAGAAUCUUUGCAGCAGAAGUUCCCUGCUGCCUCAAAGUCUGUGUUAAAAAAUAGAGUGCGGGAAAUAUCGGAUUUUGUUGAUAAUCGUUGGCAGGUCAAGAAAGAAAUUCUCAACAAACUUGGCAUGUCGAUUUCGCCAGAAAAGGGUGGUGGGAGGACGAAAAGUAUAGCUACAUUUUUCUCAAAAAGGUGUUUGCCGCCUGCUGGUAGAAAUAUUAACCCCAAUGAAACCUCACCUCAGCCAUCUUUGAAGCCAAGUUUCACUGACCAAUAAGAACAGUUGCACAUAUAAUCAUCUGUAGCAUCCUUGCUUUUGUUUAGUUUCCCUCACAAUUUUCUCCCUCUUGCCCAUGUUCAUGUAUUUUAUCAAUCUCCUGAUCCUUUUGUAUACUGAAUUGUGACCAUUUUUGUUUUAGACACAUGAAUUAGAAGGAAUUUGUUUUGCAAAACAUUCUUUUCAAGUGCUUUGUUUGCACAAGUACAAAGUGGACCAAGGGCCAGAAAAAGCUUACGUUAAUUAGACUGAA